AGGGUGGUGGCGCCUGAUUCGAACAGAAAGCCUUUCUGUUCGAAUCAGGAAAGUUACAGGAGAUCCUCUGGAACGGAAGUUUACUUGUGUUCUGAAAGAUGACUUCAGUUUUGCAAAAUGCUGGCUGGAGAAGGCACAGUAUUCUGGAGAAUAUUGAUGAUAGCCCUCAGCCUGAUAAAUUCCGGAAGAUCCCUUCAUCAAGCUCACUGAACACACUGCGCAUGUCACUAAGGAAAAGGCUGCCCCUUAAGCACAUUGACAUCAACUGCAACACCUCUCCAGCCUGGAGCACCAUGGCACCAAAGACACGGCGAUCCUUGCGGUCAGUGACUGUGACGGCUAAGAACAUGUUGGACUCUGUGUCACAGAAAAUACAAAAGAAUCGGAAAAACCAGCAUCAAUAUUUAUUGACUUCUCCAGAAAGAGUAAAAAGGAGACAAAGUUGCACUCCUGUAAGUAGCAAGAAAAGUAACACGCCUAGACGCUUUAAAAGUCGCAGGCUUGUAGAGGAAGCCAGCCCAAGCUCUAGGACUACCCCGAGAUCCAGCAAGAGGACCUCUCAGCGGAACAGAAGUGUAAUCAACUCACAAUGGAGAAGUUUCUCUACUUUAGUGGGUAAAGAUGAACUGAAGAACCUAAGAAGGUCUGUAAGAGCUGCAGCCCUGAAGAGCCCUUAUUCCUCACCAGUCAAUAGGAGAAGACAGUUUGACAAGGACUUAGAAACCGUCUCCACGGGAAUCCAACAGCUAAAACGUCUUUCUCAAGUUUUUGAUGAGGCCAUCUUAAAAGAAGAAAGAAAAGAAGCUAUUUUGAAUUACCACAAUUUAAUGACUAAUAAGUUGCAUGGCGCAUACCGCUCCUGGCCAGCUUUGAAGAGGAGGACAAGGGGACUUCAGAGAACGCUUGGGGAUCUGACAGAAAUGGCUCUAACCAGUAUUGCUAAUAUGGGCGCACAAUGAGAAUGCCUUAUAAUCUAUAUAUUAACAUUUACAAAUGGACAGUAGCGCUGUGCCAAGCUUCUGGUACUCAGGCAGAAAUCAAUGCUAGAAUAAAUUGUCAGUUAAUUCAUUUCACUUUAGGAAAUUAUUACUAUAAAUUUAGCCCACUACUAUUUUUUUUCUAUUGAAAAAAUGAAAAGUUAAGCACAUCCAUAUGAAUCCCUUUUUUAUUGAAAGUGGUUACAUGAAUAUAGAAUAUAAACCAACGUUCUACAGAACAUACUAUAAGGAGCUAAUGGUGUCUGUUUUUAGGACAUCUAAAGCACUGACAGUCUCAGGUAAUCUUAAUCGUGUGCCAGUGGAGUUACUAAAGAUGGUAUUUUUAUCCUUUGCAAGCACAUAUUUGCUAACAUUUUCUAACUAUACAUACUUAAACAUUUUAAUCAUUCUUGUAUCAUACUUAAAUAUGUCCAGUAUUUGCAAUUACAAAUUAAUUUACAAAAGUUAAAAAAAUGUAAGAAAAUAAGAUCCUUCAGUCAUUCUUUUUUUAUUUUGUUUUUUAAAUAGAAAAAUAUGUACGAAAGCAUUAACAAAAAUAGUAUGCAAGUGACCCUGAAGUCUUGUAUAUAAAUGUAUAAUCAGAAUAUCUUGCUGUUUCUGCAGUUUGUUUUGAAAGUUGUCUAAAUUCCUUUUCCCAACCGUGUAAUUUGCUGUACGAAGACAUGGGAUAAUACACAUUUGUUGAUUGCAGAUGGUAUUCUAGCAUGUCCCCUAGUAGCAAGAAAAAAAUUACUUCAUAUUUCUUCCUAAGCAGUUAAAUGCUCCUACAACCUUUCUUUUGAAAUAAAAACACUUUGAGGAGAUAUUUUAAAUAUAAGUUACUACCAUAAUAGCUGCUUUUCAGAAGGAAUUUGGACCCUAUUAGCAUAAUGUCUCCAAAAUAUAAUUUCCUUUUUAUUUGUCUGUUUUUAUCUACAGCUGAUUAAAAUAUAAAUAUAUUCCUGGACAAAAAUUGUGUUGGUUUCAGAGGACAAGUGAGUGGUCUGGCCACAAGUUUGCUUUAUAUGACGCAUGUCAGUUAUGUUGAUAUUUUUAACACUAUUAAUGAAGGAAAUAUUAAGCACCUUUUAGUAUUAGCUAAUACUUUUAAAAUGUAUAACCUUUUUGUACACUGUUAUCAAUGGAAAUAUUUUGUACACUUAACUAAAAAUACUUUUUAUUUGUAAAGCUUGUUUUUACUUAAAUAUUUAAUGGAUUUAA